AUGGGAGACAGCGGGGGAGGCACCGAGGUCACAUACGAUUCGCUGGAGCAUGUCCUGAGGAAUGACACCAAGGUCAAAGUCGCCGGCAUCGACAUCGAUGGCGUCCUCCGCGGCAAGCUCAUGUCCAAGAAGAAGUUCCUGGGGAUCGCAAAAGAUGGCUUCGGCUUCUGCUCCGUCAUUUUCGGCUGGGACAUGCACGAUCAGACAUACUUCAAGGAAUUGAAGAUCAGCAAUGCCGAAAAUGGGUACCACGACAUCAUUGCCGUGCCGGACUUGAGCAGCUUCAGGAGAAUACCUUGGGAGGAUGAUGUGCCCUUCUUCCUCGUCAGCUUCCUCGAUCCGGACCAUCGAGGUCCAAUCAGUGCCUGUCCGAGAGGUCUGCUCAAGACCGCGGUCGAGAAGUUGGAAAAGCAAGGCCUGGGGGCGAUGGCUGGAGCUGAGUACGAGUUCUUCCAGUUCAGAGCGCCUGUCAACAACGCGAUAGAUCCCAAAGAACGCAACUCGUCAUCUACCGCAAAGUUCCUUCAGGAGAACUCGCACAACGCGCUUCCACCUCUCACAGAAGGCAUGUUUGGCUACAGCCUGACGAGGCCAGUCCAUAAUCAAGAGUACUACUAUGGCAUCUACGACGCUUGCGAGAAAUUCGGGUGCGGGAUUGAAGGCUGGCAUACUGAAAGUGGUCCUGGGGUCUUUGAAGCAGCCCUCGAAUUUGGGGAGGUCAAGCAGAUGGCGGAUAAAGCUGGGCUGUUCAAAUACGUCGUCAAAUCCUUGGGCAGUAAAUUUGGUAUCACCCCCUGCUUCAUGGCCAAACCCCGAGAAGGCCUUCCUGGCAAUUCUGGCCAUAUGCACCUGUCGAUCGUUGACAAUUCAGGCAAGAACAUGUUCUAUCGCGGGUCGAAGGAUCCCCACCCUCCAUAUCAGGACCUUGAAUACCUCUCUGAUAUGGGACGUCACUUCCUAGCUGGUCUAUUAGAUGGAUUACCAGAUGUCAUGCCUAUUGUUGCGCCUACCAUCAACUCUUACAAGCGACUCGUCGAGAACUUCUGGGCCCCUGUGACCGUAUCGUGGGGACUGGAGCAUCGAGCUGCUUCAAUACGACUGAUAGCGCCACCGACCGCAAGUGCAAAGGCUACGAGGUUCGAAGUACGUGUUGCCGGCGCGGACGCCAAUCCCUUCCUCGUGCUGGCAGCCAUUCUCGCCCUCGGUUGGCGCGGCGUGGAGAAGAAGCUGGAGAUCAAAGUGCCGCCUCUGGGCAAGGGGCAGAAUGUUGGAGGUGCAUCAGAUCAAGGGGUGCGCCUUGCAAAAGGAUUGAAGGAGGCUACGGUGCAGAUGAUGAGGCGGGAGAGUGUGGCCAGGGAAGUCUUUGGGGAUGAGUUUGUGGAGCACUUUGGAGGCACGAGAGAACAUGAGAUCAGGCUAUGGGACGAAGCCGUCACUGAUUGGGAAUUCAAAAGAUACAUUGAGACGGUUUGA